AACUCGAGUGGGCUGUGCGGCUGAUAAAAAAAGUUUGGGGUUGUUCACUUAUAUUUGACAAUGUCCGGCUAACGUCACGCGUCAUUUACCGCUAAAGAUGACGUCACCAUAACAAUUCAGGAUUUUCAGAAUAUUAUACCGUCAAUAUGAAUGUGCUCGUAGUGCUUUUACUUUACCAAUUCAUAAAUUAUACCUUUUUUUGAUGACAUCUCUUUUGAAUAAAGAAUGAGCCAAAAAUCGCAUUACUUCAGAUUUUAGUUUAAAGAAUUAAAAAGAAUAAUUUCUUACAGAUAAAUGCGAAAAUAUACUUAGAUAAUAAAAUAUCUACAUGAAGCAAGAAAUAAGGAAAAGAAGUUCAAACACUAUGGAUGAAAAGGACACCAAUCCCGCAUCAGACUCAGUGCAUGAUUUGCACGAGAAAUCCGUGCAUUUAAGUGAUAUAACAAUUCAUGAUGGAGGCAAAGUUUCGUCAGAAUCGGACAAGGAGUUCAGCGAAUUUGCGCGGGAGAAACGUAGUUGUAUAGGAGCUUUCUUUAAAUUGUGCAUUUCUUUGAUUCUUGGAAUUGUGUUUGGAUUUUGUACACAUAAAGGAAGGGUGUUUGAACCAAGUACAAUACGGAACCAGAUGGUGUUUGAAAAUUUCAUCAUGUUAAAGAUGUUUUUGUCCGCUGUAUGUUCAGGUCAGAUUGUGUUCAGCGUGUUAUCAGUAUUACCAGCAACCAAAGAAAUAUUUCAAGAAGCAGUGAUUGAAUAUGUAGCUUGCUUUAAUUCAAAGGGCAUUCUUACCAGUGCUGUGGGCGCCUUUAUCCUGGGCUGUGGGAUGACCUUAUCAGGAGCUUGUCCUGGUAUGGUGUUGGCUCAAGUCGGUUCCUGGGUACCAAACUCAAUAUUUACAUUGUUAGGGUGCCUUCUAGGGGCGUUGACGUACGGGCUUGUGGCCCCUGCAAUAGAGAGUAAAACUAAGCCAACGAAAAAGUUUAAAUACCAAACAUUACAUCAAACGUUGAAGUGGCAUUAUAUUGCCAUAUCUUUACCAAUGUGCGUUGUGUUGUUUGCUGUUGUUUUCAUUUUGGAAUAUUUCUGGGAUUAUGAAAAAGAUAUAAAAAAUAUCGGGAGAACUCCACCUCCCUACGAUAAUAUUCUUACAGCGAUAGCCUGGAGACCAUCUGUUGCAGGUGCCAUUAUCGGUAUCAUACAGUUGCCUUUGGUGUUUACCGUUCACGACACAAUGGGCGGGUCUACUAGUUACGUCACCGUCGUGUCACAGUGGGUGGUAACCAAGAAGCUGCAGGAUAUGUUUCCUUAUUUAGCGUCCAAACGCUGUGGGCUGAGUAAUUGGUGGCAGGUUGUAUAUGUCGCUGGCGCCAUCUUGGGUGCUGCACUGGCCUCCAUUGCUUCCGAUACCAUGGCAACGUCACACGGAGCGACUUUACAAACGGCGCUGAUUGGUGGAGUAUUGAUGAUAUGGGGAGCAAGAUUCGCUGCGGGAUGUACAAGUGGGCACGGCCUUUCCGGAAUGGGUCUAUUAGCAUGGCUGUCAUUUAUCGCUGUACCGUGCAUGUUCGCAGGGGGUAUCAUGACAGGGUUCUCCAUGCAAGCAACAGGGGCCCUGGACGAUUAUGUUUCAUCUACUUUUGACACCUAGUCUGCAUGGAUUUCACGGGAGUUUUGACGGGUUUAGUACCAGUUCCUUGUCCGGUUUGUGACCGGGAUGGAUUUUUAAUUUAGGCAUUAUUACGACAAAGGACAGCUAAUUCCUCGCCGUUUGCUAUCUUAAAAUGUUUUACCUGCUACAAACAGGGGUACAUUUUUCAAUUCUCGCAACAUGUAGAGAAUAAUUACGUGUGACAAUGCAUGACAUAUAAUCUUUCGGGUGUUUGAAAUACAAUGGAACAUAUAGGAGUCUUAAUGAUACCGUUAACAGUUUUUAAAGAUGUUGUUUUGCGACAAAAAUAACGUUGAUGUAGUUACUUAUUCAAAUUUAUUUUCUCAAGAAAGAUGGCGGACCAAUGUGAAAAAGUGUAAGCGGGAGCAACUGUUAACAGAUUUAUGAUUAGACGAAAAGAAUAUUAUGAAUAUAAACGGUGUAUAUGUAAUUUAUAAUUGUUGUGUUAUAUGCACAUUAGCCAAAGUCCUAAAGAUGUUACUGCAUGGUUUUGGUGCAUAAUAUCAGUGAAACAUAGAGGGUUGCCUUUUUGCGGGCAAGAACUCUUCUAGACAAAUGUGUAGAAAUAUUUUCGGAAGCGUAGACGUUUGAAACACAGACAAAAUAUUUCCGCCACGGGAAACCUGGAACGAAAGCUGCGAACAAUAUGACUGUCUGGAGCAUUAAAAACUAGCGUAUUUUCCGGAUAUACAGAUUUCGGAUAAAAUACUGUGAAAGUCGUGAGAUAAUGAAAUCUCGCAUGUGUUAUGUACAGCAAUGUAACUUAUAAGAUUAUACCAGUAUACAUUGUUAUAAGUAUAUUUAAGCUUGCCAAGUGCUUGAGGUUUUUUUUAGUAUUCUCAGUCAUCAGAGGUUCAUUACCAUUCAACCAGGGAACCAUUGCAGACCUCUGAUCUGUGAGAAUGAAUUUGUAGACAUUUUCACACACAAAAAAGAAAUCAAAUAUUUAAAGCAUAUGAUCAAAGUUUGCUCAAGUAUGAAUCAUAUAGGAAAUACCUCAUUGCAGUUCUUAUGUGUGCAUUAAAUGAGUGGAUCAUUCAAAACUAUUCUUUAAAGGCGUUGUGUAUAUACUUCUGUUUUGGUGUUUGUAUAUUAAAUAUGAUUUUUUUUUCUUUGAAUGUGAUCACAACAAGAUGAGCAGAUCGUUUCUCUGCAGAAGAGUAGAGUUUCUUCUCUGAGUAUUAACAUGAAAAGAACAAAGAAACGUCACUUUUCAUAUUGUAUUUAUUAAACGAGUUGAAUAAAAUAAUAAAAUGUGAGGCUCUGCCGAGCAUUUUAUCAAUUUUAUUCAACUCAUUUAAUAAAUUCAAUGUGGAAAGUCACAAAAGUAAUAUUCUUUUUAUCACAUGUUAGCCUUUCCCGUCAAAACACCAAAAAUUCUACUUUCUUUUACUAUAUAAACAAGUCAAUUUGACCAACGUUUCCUACACUAUAAACGACGUCGACGGCAAAGCUUUAUUACACUAGUGUAUUAUCAUUUUUAUUUAAUGGCUUUAUUACACUCCCGCGACGUCGAACAUGUGAUAAAUGCUGAUACUUGAUGUUUUAAGUGAUAUUACUCCAUGCCAUAUUCACGUAUAUAUUAUUUGUCAAAUUUAGGCUUAUUGAAGAUCUUUGAAAAUUACGCCCAACAAAUGGGUAGUUGUAAUAUCAAAAAAAAAUAACCUUGGCAUUGUGUCAUCCAGACAUCUGAGCAACUUGGUGUGAGCAAAUUCCGAAACCCUCAUCUACCUCAUAUUGUUGAUAAAUUUGGGACAAUCCCCAUAUUCCGGACAAAACCACCCUUGCACAAUUUAAAGUGAGACAACUCGCACCAUCCCCCAAAACCACCACCCUAAACUCACACUUUAAUUUUGUUGUUGAAUAAAAGAUGCAUGAAAAAUUAAAAGAAAAUAACAGAGAUUUACAAAAAAAAUACAAAUAAGAUUAGAAUUAUCAAUUAGUGAAAAUUUGGAUAGAAUUAAACACCCAAAAGCGGGGCCCUGAACUGAGUAGGGUUAUUAUGUCCUGAGGGAUUUUGUCCGUGUUUCAUUGUUGAUAUUGCAUGGAUUGUAUUCUUAUCAUAGUGUUAAUGGUGUCCGAAAGGCAAAAACAACAGCUUUGUAUUAAUCUAUAUAUUUUGUGUCGGAAUUCCCAUAUUUUAGAAUGGUACCAUUUUCUGAUUGUGAUCUUGCUACAUGUAUAUAUACUGUGAAAUCAUUAACCUUUAGCCUGCUGGCGGCAAGUGAUUCUGCCUUUGCGACCAGUGCAGACCAAGAUCAGUCGUGCAGGCUGAUCAUGGUCUGCACUGCUCGCUAUUCAGUCAGUAAAUUUUCAGUGAACACCCCUUCGAGUAAUAAAUAAUAUUGCCCAAAUUGAAUGAUGGACCAGUCCAUUUUAGAAAUUUAGCAGGCUAAGGGUUUAUGUUUUCCCGUUCAUUACAUCUACAAAAGUUGUAAACCACAAACUCGUAUCACAUCGGAACAGUUGUCGUGGCCCGACCCACGAAAUUUUAUGACUAUAAAAUUAAAUGAUUUAACAAUAUUAAACGGACAAUUGACUGCCUACUUUGUUAGAUAUAUGUUAUGAAGAGAUCUUGUUUAAGAGUUUUCAACAUACCUGUCCCGCUCAUUAUGUUUCGCUACAUGACUCAAAGUUUGUUUUCAUUCAGCUUGAAAUAAUUUGACACGUAUAUUUUCGACAUGUGUGUACAAAUAACUUAAGUUUAUUGUAAUAUACAGAUGCCGCUAGGUAUUUUGACACAAUUGUACAGUCUGAUAAAACGGUAGCGACAUCGAAGUAUUAUUAUGUAUAUUGUCUUUCUAUUUAUUCUUUGAUGCCAUAUAAAUAAUGCAACGAUAGUAUGUCUAUGUAAAUAAUGUAAAUUCUAAAGUUAUUAUAAGUAUAACAACACGUUCCACAGUUGGUAGAACAAAAUCCAUUUCGUCUUUGUUGUCGUUAAUUCUAUUAUAUUGUUACAUAUUUUGUACCAAAUAAUGAUCAUUUUUGAUAAACGAAUAAAUCAAAAUUAUA